GAGACCGUUUGGUGGUUCUGGACAGGGAGGUUAUAGUCCUAUAUAGGAACCUACGGUCCACUUUAGGCGUGUACGAGUUUGUGUGGGAGCCCAUUGGACUUUUAGAGAACCUCUCUUGGCUCUGUGUUGUGUGACUGUUUUAGCUGCUGAGGCGAUUGUGAACCAUCAACCAUGUGUUCGGGUAGCUUUGCCAAGUGUCUGGGUAUCACCUUGAUCCCGCUGGCCAUCCUGUGUGUUCUCUGCAACAUCCUGCUCUUGUUCCCUGGGGGGCUGGUGGCAGAAAACAAUGACCACAUCACUGACGAGGUGUGGUACUUUGGGGGCAUCAUAGGAUCUGGUGUUAUGAUGAUCUUCCCAGCGCUGGUCUUCCUGGGGCUCAAAAACAAUGACUGCUGCGGUUGCUGUGGCAACGAGAGUUGUGGAAAGAGAUUUGCGAUGUUCACCUCUAUCAUCUUCGCUGCGGUGGGGGUUCUGGGGGCCGGCUACUCCUUCAUCGUGUCUGCUGUUGCCAUUCAUAAUGGACCCAAAUGUUUCUACACCAAUGGCACAGCAGAGUCAAUCCCUUCGUGGACCAACCCCUUUGUUAACGGUGACUACCUGAAUAACCACACCCUGUGGGAGGGCUGUAUGCAGCCUGUGGGCAUCGUGACCUGGCACCUGACUCUGUUCUCUAUGCUGCUGGUCAUGGGUCUGCUGCAGGCUGUGCUCUGUGCCAUCCAGGUCAUCAACGGGCUCAUCGGCGCCAUCUGCGGAGACUGCUGCGGCUGCUGUGGCGGGGGGGAGUAGUGACGGUGCAGUCUGAGGAUCCGUGCGCCUUUCAGAAGAAGACCGAAGACUUCUUAUAUCAACAACAACACUGACUGGCUUUCUACGAGGUGUAUAUGAUUUUGUUAAAUAUUUGUACAAUGUUUUUUCAACCAUUUCCAACCUACCUAGCUUGCUGGCCUUUAGCUUGCUGGCCGGUCUCAUGACAGCAGAGGACAUUUACUAGCUUGCUGGCCUUUAGCUUGCUGGCCGGUCUCAUGACAGCCGAGGACAUUUAAGAGCCACAUUAAGUAUUUCUAUUUGUAAUGUUUUAAAUGGUAAUAUGUAAUUAAAUCAAACUUCUUAUUCAAUACGUUAAAAACAUGAAAGCACUUUCAACAUUUCAUAUAAUUCCAUAUGAUGUACCUUAAAAGACAACAGAACACUUGGCAUCAGUUAAAUCAAUAAAUUCUUUCUCUCUUUAAUUGCACAUAAUUUUCAAUAUUCAAAAACACACAAAAACCCCCUUCAUGUAGGUUUAUGACUGUGUGUCUACACGGUGGGCCACACCUGCGUCAGUCUUAUCGGAGUAGGCUUGUGGGUGUCAUUUUAUCACUUUAUUCUGGCUAGUUCCUGUUAAUGGAGGGACAUGGCAAGCUUCCCUCCUCUGUGUCAAUGUUUAGUGUACCACCACGGGGUUACUAACGAGUCUGUCAUGUUGGGUUUUCAGUGACUUUAUGAGGCGUUGGUUCUACUAUAUUAUACAAACACUGCAAUGCAGCUUUCUCCAACCCUAUUUACAUAUAUAGAUGCUAAAAAUGGUAGAACCAGGGCUAUGCAUUUACAUUAUCGUUAGAACGUUAACCCAGGACUCUCUGGAAAACAGUGGAAGUUGUUUACCGAGUGGACUAUCCUGGCUAAAUAAAUAAAAAUCUAAAUGAACUUCUACUUUAUAUACAUUUCUAAAUAUAUGCCUCUGGGUAGACCUAGUUGGCCUUGGGGGGGGGGGGUAAUAAGACUGCUCCCUGAUGUAUGGAGUUGUAUUACAAUGGUGGCGUAUGCUGUUUUGUAUACUAGCUUAUUUUACCUAGAGAGUAAUAAUGUUCUCAGGUAAUUUUUGGUUCUAUGUACGGUUAUGUGUGAUCCGUGGGUUGUUGUGAUAUCAGUGAUCAACAGUGAGCUUCUGUAAUAAAUGGCAUCAAUAAAAAAAAAAACACAAAGA